GCAAAAAGAUUUUUAGAAAAUAGAUUUUUCAUGUGAACGCAGCCUAAUGCUAUGUCUUCAAGGCAUGAUGUGUUAUUAUUUGAGAAGUGUGUGAUUUUGCAUAAUAUUUUUAUCCUGCUUCAAUUUUAUUGAUGAAAAAAAGUGAAAAAAAAUUUCGAUAGAUAGUUCUGCAUCUAUGAUGCUUGUUCUCUUAGUUUUUACAAAAUGCAAAUAGAGCAUUUUGCACGUGAUGACAAAAGGUUAAAAAGUGUGCCAUUAUUAACAUUGAUGAUAUUUUUUCUGUUCUUUGAGGUGUCACUGAAGCAAUUUGAUGGUUGAAAAGUUUGUGUUGAAGUUGGUUUCAUUUGCAAUAGUUUGUAAUACCCACACUGCCCCAUCAAACAGGGUUUUUAUCUUGUGAGUGUUAUAUUUUCUAACAUGAUAUUUUAGGGAUUGAAAUUUUCAUCCCUUUGUGUGGAUUAUAUCCUUUUCAUGUGUAGAAGAGAGUUAAAGAAGUUGCUUGAUUUUUUAUGAAAUGUGCCAAAACAGAAGAAAUUCAUUGGGAUGUGUGUGCGCACACACGUGUGUGUGUGUGUGUGUGUGUGUGUGUGUGUGUAGAGGGGGGGGGUCUUCAGAUUUUUAGCAUCCUCUGUUCCCAUUUCUGUAUUUAUGUUUCAUUUCUCUUCAGUGGCAUGGCUCUCUGUUUUUAACUCUUACUGACAGUCAAUGACAUGGCAUUAAGAGGGUUUUUUUUCAGUACUUACUUUUAUAUCAGUGUAUAAAUAGAUAAAUCUCCACCAGAUAUUGCUUUGUAAUUACAUAUUACAUGUUAAGGCAUAUUGCAGUCUGUCAUUUAUUGACUACAAAUCAGUGUAUACUGAUUGCAAAAAUGUUCAAGACUAGGAGCAAAGAGCAAUACCUUUUUGAUAUUUUGGGUCAUUUAUUUUAUGGUUUGAUAUUCAUCGAUGUUAUGUCCUCGGUAUCUAAGGUAAGAACUCUUUAGAACUUAAUUCCUUCAGAUUUCCUUAUUUGUGGGUAAAUAUCCCAUUUUCAUUCGUAUGCAUGAAACAAAAUUGAAUCUCAUUUUAACCAGUUACACAAGUAACUGAAAUCAUGACUGUGUAUUUGUGAACAAACAGAAGCUAGGAUUAUACAUUGGUCAUGACAGCUAGAGCUCAAGACUGUUGAAAGCUGUGAGGAGUAUGUCUUAAUAUUAGUUAUAACAUGUCGUUAGAUUUUGUUGUGUAUAUACUUGAUAUAUUUAUAUACCCAGUAUUACAUAAAGGUGCCCUUUUUCAUUUAUAUUCAGUUUUUUAUUAUACUUUCUCUACUUAUUUAAGCAUUGAAAAACAUUAAAUUAUUUAUUUCUGUGUUAAGCAUUGAAAAGUAUUGAUUUUUUGUUAAGGCCAGACAUUCACAUUAGGUCUUACAAUGACGUCAUGGUGCUGUAAGUGCGAUAUUCAAUAACUGUGACCUACUUUACAUUGAAGCUUUGUUGACUUUGAUAAGAGAAAAACCCCAGUCUGAUGAUAGAGCACAGGGGCGGAUUCAGGCCGUCUUCUGGAAAACGGUCAGAUUUUCAAGUUUACUCUGGCAGGUAUAUUAUUUUUUUCUGUCAGAGGGUGGUCAAAAAAGGAGGUUGGAUCAACAAAGAUUAUUUGGAAGACCAUCAGAAAGUAUCUCUAGAUCCGCCCCUAGAACAGGUUGAAUUAAAGAGAAAGCAGCUGUCAAGGUAUCAAGCACAUCACCAUAUGGGCUGAUUUGUGAAGGAGGUUUAUCCAUGCUUGAGUGAACAAGGAAUGUCAGCUGUAAGCGUUGUGGAAAAAACUGACGGGUCAGUCAUUGUGGAAUAACAGGGAAGAAAAGAACGAGGAUUGCUGCUGUAAAGAUCAAGUGUCAACUGGACUGGUUAUAUCUUGCAGAGGAAUCGGUGACUAGACAAAAUAGGAGAUGGACAGACUUGAACUUGGUAACAUUGAACAUAUGGUGUCCCAUCAGUCCCAUGCUUCUAUAUCUUACUGUUGGACCUAAACAGAGGCUCUGGACCAAGAUAGUGAUUGCAUCAUAGAAGGAUAUGUCAUAGUUAGUGUUGAUAUAAGUAUGGAGUUGAAAGACAAAGAUGUUGUUAAACAUUAACUACAUCAGAUCACUUCUCAGUGGUAAAUGUGACCAUGUAGAAGAACAGACCUUAUCAUGAAGUAACAGUACAUAAAGCUGUGCUGAAGAACAAACAUAUUAGUCUUGUGUUUUUACCCUAGCAGUUCUUUUUUUAUUUAAACACAAAAUGGCAGCCUCUGGCCAAAGCAUAAAGGAGAACGAGGAAGUGAAUCAAGGCUUGGACAGGUUUGGUUGGUCUAAGAAGCAGUUUGAGUUGAGCUACUUGGACAUAGACUUACGGGAAAUCCUUGACAACUCGUAUACCAAUGACCCAGAUAAAUACCGAGUGUUCAGUCUGGGAAGCUCUGGAGAGUCCUCCUCCUAUGGUUUGAAUGCUGAUGCUAUUCCUGUCCCCUCAGACAGUGAUAUCAUGGUUUGUGAGUUAGAAAAAUUGGUUAUUUGUGAAAAGGAUGACCUCCCACGUGCCAACCGUGCCUUGGAAGUUUAUGAGUGGGACGGCCAAGGUAUGCACGAUGGAUAUGGCAUGCUGCGCAAACUGAAUUCCAAAAAUGGUUACACGUCUAGUGGAGUAGCAGCAGAUGCAUUUUACCGAGAAUAUAAAAUGCACAUGGCCUUUUUUGGUCCUGAAAGACAAGGCCCAGCUGUUUCUUUGAAUGUAUCAGGGAACAGGAAAGACACCAGCAUGGAUUACGUCCUUGCCUAUCCAUUUGCCAGCUGGCCCCAUUGUGUAAGAAAAUGGUUCAGACGUACAAGAAGAUUUGGUUGGCCAAAGACUGCAGACAUUGCCACCAUUUUGAAAGAUGGCUGCCAUGUUGUUCCUGUUGGUCAUAAGAACAGUAUUGUACCUCGUCAAAGAUAUCAGUGGCGUAUAUCCACUGUAGUUGCUGAGAGAACAUUAAUUCGAUCCUUUAAUGAUACCCAGCAUAGAACAUAUUUCAUUUUAAAAUAUAUCAAGUCAUUGAUUGCGGCUGAAAUAGAUGAAAGGUUUGAAAAUCAAAAUGUGCUGUGUUCGUACCACAUGAAAACUGUAAUGUUUUGGAUGGUACACGAAACUCCCCCAGAACUUUGGCAAAGAGGGAGUCUGGUCAGAUGUGUCAAAGAAUGUCUGGCACGACUCCAGUCCUUUGUUGACGAGGGUUAUUUACCUGUAUACUUCGUGCCUGAGAACAAUUUGCUGGACACUGCUACAGAUGUUCAACUGAAAUUGCUUUCAUAUGCAAUAAAGAGUUAUAGAGUUAAUAUCUCAUUAGUUCUAAUGAUGAUAAGCAGCUUGAAGGAAAGAAAAGAUGGCACUGGGAAUCUACAGUUUCGGCUCUGUGGCAUUCAGUGCCUACCUUACUUAAAACCAGAUGAUAUUCAGAUGGAGGACCCUUUAACCAUGGCUGUGUCUUUUAAGCGCAUUAAGAAGAUUUGUUUGAGCACCAAAAACAAAACUGUUGGAAGGCUUGUGUUCAGAUUGAUUCAAAUGUUCUGUUUUCAGUCUCUUGGUUGUAUGUGCCAAGAGUUGGCAAUGCUACAGGGAAAUGACUCCUACUUUAGACAAGCUGAAAUAUUUUUACUCUCAGCUGUCAAUUUGGACAAAGUUGGUAGCAGACUGAAAGUUGCAAAUUUAUAUUAUUCCAGAGGCAAAUCAGCCAAAGCUGUAGGAAAAUUGGAAGAAGCUGCCAUGUAUUUUGAAAAAGCCAAAAAAUACAUUCAGUUUGCUCUUGACCAUGAAAAUAUGAAAUUUCACAUUACAGCUUGCAUUUGUGACAAAACAGCUACACUUGAUAGUUACCCACAAGAACUGACGAAUCUUCUAGAAAAUGAAUCUGGGAUAACAGAUCAUGCAGAUUUACUCUGUUGGGCAAUGAAAACCAAUUCCUUUGGUUGGGAUUUAUAUUUCCCUGUGAAAUUUUCACAUUUGUCCUGUCUCCCAGAGGCAGUUCAGUAUGUUCUUUAUGCCGGCAAUCCUGGUGGAAGCCCUGCCCUAGAUUGCCUGACAGGAAGGCUGACACUGUUGCCACUUUACUCUCCCAUCUUUGGUCUGUUCCUUGGUGUUAUCUGCGCCCACGAAAGUGGAGAGGAGGCAGAAGUUGCAGCAUACUUGCAGAAACUAGAGGAUCUUUGUGAACGUAUUUAUCAUAAGGACUGUCAUAGGGGAAUUGGAUAUUCUUUGCUGGGGCAGUGUCACAUGAUGUUAGGCAACCAAUUGGAAGCAUGCUCAUGUUUUGUGAGAUCGUACCAGGCCUGGCCUAGCUUGGAAAACUCUGCAUUAUGGCUGCUGGGGAUAAUGUGUAUCAAAGAUAUUCCGUAGACAGUGCUUUUAGCAAUUAG